AAAGGUAAUGAAUCUCUACGCUUCUCUCUCUGCAAUUACUCCUUGAGAGCAUCUCUCUCUAGAAUAUUGAGUAUUGCUGACUUGAGCGUCGGAGUGUUUUCCCUGAGGAAACAUCCUUGGGAUUUUCAGGUGUAGAAGCAGCUAAGAACUUCAACAGGGUUGGACUACGAAGCUGCCCAAACAUUUGGCGCCGUCUGUGGGAACGUGAACAAGAAGUUGUGUAGCUAAACUUGCUGAAGGACAAAAUGGUUCGUACUUUUACCCGAAACCAGCUCCCAAGAAACCAAAUGGACGAACAGGAGGACGCUCAACUGUCUGAGCCUGGGUAUGCAACCCAGCCGGAACAGUUCCAAAUUCCAACAGGAACAAGACAAAGACCUUCUAGACCGUACAAUUCACAACAUGAACGACCUGAAAGGUCAACAGAACCUGCUCGGACAACCGAGCUUGAAGAGAGAACCAUAAUUCUCGAAAUGGCAAUGGAUAAAAUCCUUGCCCGCUUGAUCCCUGAUGACCCCCUGAUUCCAUUGUUGAACAGGGAUGCACAGCCAGCUACGGUUGUUGCAACUCGAAACUCCCCCGCUCUAAGCAACAUAGUAGUGCCGACCAGGCCGAGGAGAAGUGGGAAACUGAAUAUCGAGCCCAGCUCGUCCAAACAUAGUGAAGAACUGAUGAGAAAGAACGCAGACCUGGAAAGGCAGUUAAGGGACGUACAGAAAUCUAUUGACGAGCUGAAAAGUCCCAGGUCGCACCAACAGACUCUGGAUUUGGAUAGUGCCCCUUUAAACCUAUCCAUCAGAGCAGAGCCGUACCAAGAGGGAUUCAAGAUUCCCCACCUGGAGACAUAUGAUGGCUCGGGCGAUCCUGAUGAACAUCUGCACGCUUAUCAAGCCAUCAUGAGAAUUCAAAAUGCAAAUGAUGCCAUGAUGUGCAAAGUGUUCCCAGCAACACUCAAGUCAACAGCCAGGAGAUGGUAUCAUAAACUCCCUAGACACUCCAUAGAUUCUUAUUCCCAGCUCGCCAAGCUAUUCUCCAACAAAUUUGCAAGCCAAAGGGAGAUUAAACGCACGGCGAUCGAGCUUAUGCAAGUUCAUCAGAAAGAAGGGGAAUCUUUGAGGGACUACAUGCAGCGAUUCAACAAAGCCACUUUAGACAUUGAUAACGUCCCAGAUACCAUCUGCCUAUCAGCUUUGCUGCACGGUUUAAAGCCCGGUCGGUUCCUAGACGACCUGCUCAAAAACCCACCGAAGACGUGGAAUGAAGUGAAUGACAGGUCAGCUAGCUUCAUACUGUCCGAAGAUUUUCAGUCGUCCAAGCGACGAGCUGACGAUAAACAGAGCAAAGGCCAGGAACAACCACCGAGGAGAGAAGAAAAGAAAAAGCAAAAGGUCAACGAGCAGUGGGGGAAGCCCGCUGACUUCCCAAAGUAUGCCAAUUACAUUCCUUUGACCUUGCCUAGGUCUCAAAUCCUGGCACAAAUCCAGCACUGGGUUAGGAGACCCCCGCCACCAUUGCAUGAUUUCCCAAGGGCGGACAAGAGCAAACAUUGUGACUACCAUCGUGGAUAUGACCGACCUCAGGGGCAGAGGUACCAGCUCGGCGGCGCUCAAGAGGCAUAUCAGGAUAACCAGUAUCCUUUUGAGCAAGGCAGGGCAUACAGGGGGCGCCAAUUCAACAGGCGAGGCCAAGGACAGAGAACUACUACCCAGAGCCAAAAAGACAGGAAAGGGGUGGGUUAUGCUGAGAUACCCCCGCCCUCCGGUACAAUAAAUAUGAUAUCAGGCAGUGUUCACUCUGGAGGCCAAAGCGCCAGAGGUCGCAAGGCGUAUGCACGCCAGGUGAUGACUGUUAAUAAAAACAGGCCUUUGAAACGCUCGUUUGAAGAAGCAGAGUGGGAAAAUACACCCAUUACAUUCAGCCCGACGGACUAUAAGCAGGCAGAAGGGGAGCCCGACGUUAUGAUGCCACAUGCAGAUCCUUUCGUGGCAACGCUAAAUCCGGGCUCACUGCAGAAGCACGAAGGGCCUAUAUACGGGUUCGACAAUCAGCCCGUCCCGGUUGAAGGAGUCGUCACUCUUCCCAUCUACGUGGGCUCGGAACCACGGUUCAGGAUGGCUUCCGUCACCUUCCUGGUCGUCAAGAUGGAGUCGGCUUUCAACACUAUAUUGGGAAGAGCCACUCUUUGCGAGCUGAAGGCUGUCAUCUCACAACCCCACCUUUGCAUGAAAUUCCCAACUCCUCAGGGGAUAGGAGUGCUUAAAGGGAAUCAGAAGAUGGCAAGAGCCUGCUACCAAGAUACUUUCAAGAAGGUUGAGCUCGCUGCUGCCCCUAGAAGUUCUGAAAGCCACAGACCAGCCCAACUCGGUCAGCAGACAAUGAGCAUAUCAGAUAUUGAGCACCGACCUGAGGGUGUCGAGCAGAAGGCAGAGCUAGUGGAGCCAAUAGAAACAAUCCCUCUAAACCCUGAUGUGCCCGAAAGGACGGUUAAGAUCGGCACCAAGCUCACAGAAGAGGACCGGGAAGAGCUUCUGGAGUUUUUUAGGGUUAAUCAGGAUGUGUUUGCGUGGACUACGGAUGAAAUGCCUGGUAUCCCAGCGGAGUUAAUGGUCCACAAGCUCAACACGGAGCCCACCAGAAAGCCGAUGGUUCAGAAGCGUCGCCUUUUUGGCCCUGAGAAGCAAGCUGCCAUAGACGACGAAAUACAAAAGCUACUACAGGCAGGCUUCAUCAGAAGAGUCGAAUACUCUGAGGGGGUCCAACUGUUGCUAGACGACCAGGAGAAAACAGCUUUUUACGCUGGUGAUGCAAUCUACUGUUAUGUCAUGAUGCCGUUUGGCCUGAAGAAUGCUAGUGCUACGUAUCAGAAACUGGUACAAAUCAUCUUUAAGCUCCAGAUCGGCAGAAACAUAGAAGUAUAUGUGGAUGACAUGAUAGUCACCAGUGUACGAGCUGAAGAUCACAUAGGCGACCUGAGGUACGUGGUAUCCAAGAAAGGAAUUGAAGUAAAUCUAGAGAAGGUUCAGGCCGUUCAGCAGAUGGAGCCUCCCAAAACUAUCAAAAAUGUGCAGCGUUUGACGGGCCGUGUUGCUGCACUGCAUCGAUUCAUAGCCAGGUCGGCAGAGAGAUGCCUCCCGUUCUUCAAAGCCCUACGAGAGCCCAAGAAUUUUCAAUGGACCGAUGGGUGUCAACGGACAUUUGACGAGCUCAAACAAUAUCUGGCAUCAGCACCCCUGUUGUCCAAGCCUGUGGAGGGGGAGAGCUUAUAUCUGUACUUGGGGGUCACAGAAGAGGCGGUGAGCUCGGUCUUACUCAGAGAAGAGAAUAAGAAUCAAAAGCCUAUCUACUAUGUGAGCAAGGUCUUACAAGGUGCCGAGCAGAACUACCCACUAGCAGAAAAGACUGCUUUUGCUUUGGUCUGCACAGCUCGUAAGCUGAGAGCUUACUUUCAAUCUCAUCAAAUUGUUGUCUAUACUGAUUUGCCAUUGAGGAAGAUAUUGCAGAAACCGGAACUCUCUGGUCGGCUCAUCGAAUGGAGCGUCGAGCUGAGUGAGUACGACCUCAAAUUUCAACUGCGCACGACUUUAAAAGGCCAAGCAGUGGCAGACUUCCUGGUGGAAUGCGUCUCGGCGACUAUGAAAGAAAAGGCACUCGAACAUCCAGUCUGGGUUUUGUAUGUAGAUGGAGCUGCAAGUGUUGAAGGAUCGGGGGCCGAGGCUGUGCUGUUGGGGCCAGAUGGCUUUAAAUCCGAGCACGCGCUGAGGUUUAAGUUUCAAACAACUAACAAUGCUGCAGAAUAUGAAGCCCUCAUCUAUGGCUUGAAGCUGGCGUUCGAGCUGAAGGUACAGAGCAUUCAGGUUUUUAGCGACUCUCAGCUCGUUGUGGGCCAAGUGAAUGGCAACUGUGACAUUAGAGAUCCCCAGCUUUCUCGUUAUGCCUCCGUGGUAAACAGGUUAAAGUCAAGAUUUGCUUCCUUCCAGAUCGACAAGAUACCCAGAGCAGACAACCAACGAGCUGACGAGCUGUCGAAGUUAGCCUCCUCGCAAGAGACCCACCCUCAUAGGUCAACAAUAGUCGAGGUACUCAACGCUCCGAGCUACACCGAUUUCACAGUCGAGUGUCAACUGCUCAGUACAGAUCCCUCUUCAUCGAGUUGGACCUCACCGAGUUGGACCACUCCGCUCAUAAAUUAUCUGCAAAGUGGCGAGCUACCGGAAGAUUCAUCCGCUGCAAAGUUAACUAAACGGAGGGCGGCACAUUUCACUUUGUUAGAUAACCAGCUCUACAAACGAGCAGCCUCAAUGCCCCUAUUACGUUGCCUUACUCCUUACGAAGCUAAAUACGCGGUGAGGGAAGUUCAUGAAGGAGUAUGUCGCACGCAUAUUGGUGGCAGAACUUUAGCUCGGAAACUCCUGAGGCACGGUUAUUACUGGCCCACUAUGGUCGAGGAUGCGCAAAACUAUGUAAAAAAGUGCCCGACCUGCCAAUUCAAUGCUAACAAUAUCCACAUGCCAGGUAUCCGAGCUCGUUCUAAAGUUUGUGCAAACUUUGUGUUUGUCUAUAAACUGAGCACAGGUAUCUUUGUUAAAACAGGAGAAAUGCUCUCCUCACUCUCGUCUCCUUGGCCUUUUGCUCAAUGGGGAGUCGACCUGCUCGGCUCUUUCAUGAAAGGCAAAGGAGGAUGCACUUACCUCGUUGUCGCGGUGGAUUAUUUCACCAAAUGGAUAGAAGCUAAACCAUUGUCCACGACAACAGAGAAGAAAAUAGAAGAAUUCCUGUUUAAUUCAAUACUAUGCAGCUCGGCUACAGGCGAAACCCCGUUCAGCCUGGCGUACGGAGCUGAGGCAGUCAUCCCUGUCGAGGUCGGAUUGCCAUCCGAUAGAUUAGAUUGUCAUGAUGAUCAGAAUAAUGGACAACUCUUAAGAGAGAACCUAGACCUUGUCGAAGAAAUCAAGGAGAUGUCUCGAAUAAGAAACAUGGCACAUCAAGUCGUGUUGCAAAAUUUUACAAAAAGCGAGUUCGAGCUCGUCAGUUUCAGGUUGGCGAUCUGGUUCUACGCAAAGCUGGAUUAACCAAUACUUAUUCACACAUGGGCAAGCUCGCUCCUAAUUGGUAAGGCCCCUACAUGGUUGUUCAAAUUAAACGACCUGGAUCUUAUGUGUUAGCAGAUAUCCAAGGACGACAGUUGCCUUACAUUUGGAAUGUACACAAUCUUAGAAGAUUUUACAGUUAAUGUAUGUGUUGUUAACGAAUUCGUUCGUGGAAAUAUAAAUUGCACAUGCAAUG